GUUUCAAAUAUGAUGCAGAGGCAGAAACAUGUGACAAAGACACGGAGUGUCCAAAAAAACAGAAAUGCAACCGAGAUCGAAUGAAAAGUGAGAUUGGAUUUAAAGAACAUAAGCAGUUUCCAGAGAUUUCCAGUAUUUCUUUACACUGGCUUUGAGAAGAAGCAAAAAUCCAAAGCAAAUGGACGUAAACGAUCCCAAGGACAAAUUCAAAGCUGUGUGGUUGAUUCUCUUUAUGCUUGGAUUAGGGACUUUACUGCCAUGGAAUUUCUUCAUGACUGCCACUAUGUACUUCAACCACCGUCUAGCCGACCCCACGACAGCCAACGUGACCAAAGUAGAGAGUCGAAACGCUCUGCAAGCCAGAUUCAACAACACAAUGACGUUGUGUGCCAUGAUCCCUCUGUUGAUCUUCACCUGCCUCACCUCCAUCAUACACCAGAGAAUUCCUCAGAAGAUAAGGAUUCUGGGUAGCCUGGUGGCCAUCUGGGUGGUGUUUUGUGUGACUGCCAUCUUAGUUAAAUUGGCUAUUAAUCCAGUGGCUUUCUUUGUGAUUACCAUGAUAAAAAUAGUUAUUAUUAAUGCGUUUGGAGCUAUUCUCCAGGGCAGUCUUUUUGGCAUGGCUGGUGUGUUGCCUGAUGGCUACACAACACCCAUUAUGAGCGGUCAGGGUCUGGCUGGAACCUUUGCUGCACUUGCUAUGAUCUGUGCCAUUGCAAGUGGAUCUGAUUUAAUGGACUGCGCUUUUGGCUACUUCAUCACAGCCUGUGUUGUUAUCAGCCUUGCCAUUGUGUCCUACAUAAUCCUUCCAAAUCUGGAUUUUUACCGAUAUUACCAGGAGAAAAAACAGAAGAAUCCAUCAUUACAAGAGGAGAAAACAAUUCAACUGAUAAAAAAUGAAGACAGCGGUGGAGGGAUGAGCACGGGUGAGAAGGUUCAGAGAAAUCCAUCACUUCUGAGCAUCUUUAAGAAGAUCUGGGUGAUGGCGCUCUCUGUGUGUUUUGCCUUCACCGUCACCAUCUGUGCUUUUCCCGCCGUGGCUGUAGAUGUCAAAUCCACCAUUGCUAAUGGAGGGCUUUGGGAGAAAUAUUUCAUUCCUGUGUCCGGUUUCCUGCUCUUUAACCUUUGUGACUGGUUGGGACGGAGCCUGACCGCUGUGUGUUCAUGGCCAGGGAAGGACAGCAAACUGUUGCCAGCGCUUCUGUUAGCGCGCCUGAUGUUUGUGCCUCUCCUCAUGCUGUGUAACGUCCAGCCUCGCACCGCCAUGCCCGUCUACUUUUCCCAUGACGCCUGGUUCACCGUCUUCAUCAUGCUCUUCGCGCUCUCCAGUGGCUACUUAGCAAGCCUUUGCAUGUGCUUUUACUCCAAGUUAGUAGACACACACGAGGCAGAGACUGCCGGCGCCAUCAUGACCUUCUUCAUGUCUCUCGGUCUCGCCUUGGGCGCAUCCUUCUCCUUCUUGUUCCGUGGGGUCAUUUGAGGUCAACGUUCCAUCUCACCGGAUGUUUAAAAGACCUCGAGUCAUUAAGAAUUUUUAAAUUUUGUUUAAUAGAACUUUCAGAUCAGUUUAAAGCCGAUCCAGGGCGAAGCACGUGAACCGUCCCACACGAUGGGUUGUAAAAUAAUAGUAGUAUUACAUUUUUUUUUAGUAAACACUACCUCUUUUUUUAAAACAAUGAUAUACGGUAUAUUAACAUAUUAACAGUUUUUAUCAUACAUAAUUUGUUAAAUGGAAACAUUUACAUAAUAUAGCCUGACCGUUUUGUUAUUUAUUAACUUACUACAAUUGACUGACAACAGCUUGAAAUAAUUAACAGAAUUUUAGUGUUCGUAUUCGGUGGAUCCUUUUUUUUUGUUUUGGAGACACAGACUGACACAGACUCCGCAGGUCGCGGCAAAAACCUCUGAUCCGUUUUGAUCAAAUCGGUCGUGUUGUAGUCAGAACCAACGCAGGCUUCAAUACAAGAGAUCAGACCUGGAGUAUACUAAACUGGCUUCAGUUUAAAUAGGGAGCUGAAAAUAGGGAGGAAUCUUGAAUAUAAUGGAUUCAAGAUAUCGAACAUUUUCUUUCUUUAGCACAUCAGGUGGUCACGGGUUCGAGCCUCAGGACUGCAGAGACGCAUCAUGACGGAACAAAAACAUUGGUGUUUUUUUUUUAUCUCCAUUGGAGUAAACGAUUUGUUCAUAAAUUCAUCUUCGGACCAUUUUUCUUUAGCUGCACCCCCCCCCACCCAAUUUGUGUGGCUAUAAAAAGCAAACCCAAAUAAAACAUUUUUACAUCUUGA